AUGGCCCAACAAUCCGAAGGAGAGCCAUUGGUCUCCUCCCUGUGGACUAGGUCAUUGAUCUCAGGAGCAAUUGCAGGACUAACAGUCGACUGCUCCCUCUACCCACUGGACACGAUCAAAACGCGCCUCCAAAAAGCUCGCGACCACACCGCGCCCCAAACCCGUGUCUCUCUCCGCCAAACCUUCCGCGGCAUCUACGCCGGCCUCCCCUCCGUCCUUUUCGGCUCCGCCCCCUCCGCCGCGUCCUUCUUCAUCGUCUACGAUGGCGUCAAGCGCUCCCUUCUCCCCCAAACCCCCAUAGCCAACCAAUCUCAGCCCUCCCGCACGCACAUAAUUCUAACGCACAGCCUGGCCUCCUCCCUCGGCGAAAUCGCCGCCUGCGCAGUCCGCGUCCCAACAGAAGUCAUCAAGCAGCGCGCCCAAGCCGGCCUCUUCGGCGGCUCCAGCCUAGCCGCCCUAAAAGACAUCCUGGCCCUGCGCCACGCAAGCCCCGGCCAAACCCACCCGCACGGCUACACGCAGGUCCUGCGCGAGCUCUACCGCGGCGCGGGCAUCACCAUCGCCCGCGAAAUCCCCUUCACCGUCCUGCAGUUCACCAUGUGGGAGUCGAUGAAGGAGGCCUACGGCAAGCGGUACCUGCGCGGUGCGGAGUCGGCGGCUUCGAUCGUUGAGACGCAGAUCCCUGCGUCGACCAGCGCUAUGUUUGGUAGUGUUGCUGGUGCUAUUGCGGCGGGCUUGACGACCCCGUUGGAUGUUAUUAAGACGAGGGUUAUGCUUGCGCGCCGGGAGGGCUCGGAGGCGCCUGUUAGGGUUAGGGAGAUUGUGAGGGGAAUUGCGCGGGAGGGACCUGGGGCUUUUUGGAGGGGGAUUACGCCCCGGGUUACUUGGAUUGGCAUUGGGGGGGCUGUUUUCUUGGGAAGUUAUCAGAAGGCUUCGAAUACGCUUGAGGGGAGGAGGGAGAGGGCCGAGAAGGGUGUUUGA